AUGGAACAAGAAACCACGGAAGCACAAUCGUCGUCGGACGAGUCUUCCGUCAGCAAAUGGGUGUGUGGGAUCAAUGCCUUUUUGUUCUCAGAGUUCACGGAGUUCACUGGUCCAACUGGUCCAACUGUGCGUGGUGAAGCACCGAUAGAAAGCUAUAGAAAGCUUGGAUCCCGUGAUGAGCGCUGGGCAGCACACGAACCAGGACUGCUGGGAGAACGAGAUGCUGCGGACCACGCGCAGCGCAGAUGCAGCCCAUGCAUCUUCCACAAUUCCCUGCUGGGCUGUGACAGGGGAAGCACGUGUGACUUCUGUCACGAUGUUCAUCCCGCUGGGGUGGCGCCGAAGCGGCCGCGCAAGCAGAUGAGGGACAAAUUGAAGCUUCGUAUUGAGGAGUCUUUACAUCUCCCCGAUGAUCAGCUGCAGGAUGCCUUGCAGCCUACCCUCGAGUAUCCUUACGCGCGAGGUUUGAUUCGGGGGAUCCUUGACGCGCGUGCAGGGGCAGACUUGGCACCGUUGGAGCCAGGUGAAGUAGCAAACCACCAAGCUGAGAUUCGGUCACGCAGUGUCAACCCGAAUUGA